AUGCCCGCCGCUCCCCCGCAGUCCUGCGCGCUGCUCCCCCCUCUCCUCGCCGUCGGCGCGCUCACCUCUCUCGCGCUCGCCCUCGCCGCCCUCCACUUCUCUCUCCGGCGCCGCCUCCCCCCUCCGCGCGCGCUCAAGCGCGCCGCCGCGCUCUGCCUGCUCUACACGCUCGCGCUCGCGCUCCUCUCGCUCCCGGCGCCCCUUGCGCCCGCCUUCAGCCCCUGCGCUGCCCCGCGCGCGCGUAGCAUUGGGGAAGCGCCCGGGAAUCUAGGGGAGAAAGACGGGGUAGGCGUCGGAAAUGAGGUGGGCGGAUGGGGGUCGGCGCGCGGAGAAGAACAGCAGGGAGAUGGCGCGGGCGGCGGAAGGUUGAGCAGAGGGGAGGAGGUGGAGAGAAGGGACGUGGAAGCGGAGCGGGAAACGGGGGGGGGAGUAGGAGAGGCGAAGGCGAGGGAGGCAGCAGAAGAGCGGGAAAUAAUGGAGGGGGAGGUGAAUGGAGGGAUGGCAGGUGCGGCAGCAGGUGGUGCGGUGGUGGAUCCUGGCAGUAGAACAAGCAGCAGAGGUGGCAGCGAGAGCAAGAGUAGUGAAAGCGCUGGUGGCGCGGAGGGCGGAGAGGGCGGGGGGUACGGAAAGGGCGGAGAGGGCGCGGAGGGCGGAGAGUCAGUGCGCCCCGCAUCGUCUGACUCACACCCGCCCACCCCUCAACCGUUCUCACCGCCCCCACACUCCACCCCCCCGCUUCCUCCCCCCUCAGUGCCUCCCUCCCCGCCAACACCCUCCCCCUCCCUCCAUCCCCCACCCCCUCUCUCCUCGCCCCCAUUCUCCCCUCCUCCCCACCCCGCCCCGUCGUCCCCUUUUCCGCCCUCCUCCCUCCUUCCCCCCCCCACGCUCCCCAACCCCCUCUCAACCCCGCGCUCCUCCCCAUCCCCAUCACCACCCCUCCCCACCAACCCCCCUUCACCAUCCCUCCUUCCCCCCACCCCUGCACCGGCGCGCUUCUUCGUGUACCGGCUGAUCGGCAACGACAUGCCGCCACUGCAGUGCGGCCAGCAGCUGCUCCGCAACACGCUCUACGCGCUGCAGCACGAGCCGCCCCUCCUGGAGCAGGCGCGGCGCCUGUGGGUGGUGAACCACGUGGUGAACAGCACCGCGCUCGCUGCGCUGGUGGCCGCCAUGCGCCAACACGGGGUGAAGGACGAGGUGUGUCAUUCUGUGUGCUUCACAUGCGUGUCAUGUGCUGUACCUUAUCACACAGUGUGCCAUGCUGUGUCAUCUCACCUCACCAUGCCAUCAUGCACCCAAACUCGACCCGGCAAACCACACUCACAUGGUCCCACGUCUCCCUCCUCGCAGGACAUUCUCAUCCGCCCGCUCAACCUCUCUCUCAUCGCCACGCUCGACCCCUCCCUCUGGACCACCGCUGUCACCGGUGCGCGCCUUCCUCCCACUCCCUGCUGUCACCGGUGCGCGCCUUCCUCCCACUCCCUGCUGUCACCGGUGCGCGCCUUCCUCCCACUCCCUGCCUGCCCUCCAUCCCAUACGCUGACGUGUAGUGAAGCAUGCGGCUCAAACCUUGCUGCGUUCUUCUCUGAAAGAUGGCGCAUGAUAGCAGCGCAGAACGAGGCGCGCAACUUGAUGUUGGAGCACGCGCGCAGGGCGGGCGCGCAGUGGGUGCUGGCCUUCGACGGCAACCAGUUCCUCACCGCCGAGGCCUGGCGGCUGAUAGUGCAGGCGGCCGACCGGCACGAGCACAAGGGCUUUAAGGUGUUCAAGGUGCCCAUGUACAGGGUGCACCAGGAGCAGUCGCCCACGUGGCUCAACGCCUCCUCGCGCUUCCUCCAUCUGCGUCGCUUCGCCCCCCACCUGCACGAGAGCCAACUCGCCUUCCGCGCCGAUGCACCCUACCGCUACCAGCCGGGCAUGGCGUACGGGCAGGACAACAAGAUGGAGCUGCUCACACGCGUGUGCGGGUCAGGCAAGUUCAGAAAGAAACACUUCCGGCUGUGGCAGAUGCAGGCAGAACAGGAGCAGCAGCAAGCCAUGCUGGCUAGAGAGCAACUAGAAGGAGAGGGGCAGGAGGGACAUGCGGGAAAGGAGCAGGAGCAGCAGGGGCGGGAGAGGGCAGUGGGGAUCGCUGAACUGCCUGAGAUAAACGAUGAUGAUGGGGGGGAGGGCGAGGGCGAGGGGGAGGAGGAGGUGGACAAGGGGCGGUGCGGGUGCCACAGGGAGGUGGGGGUGGAUGCGGGGUACCAGCGCGGCAAGCAGCUGGUGGCGUACCAGUGUGGCUACAGCAUCCGCCUCUGGUACUUCCCGUGCGCCCACGUGGACGUGGAGAAGAUGUUCCUCAAGGCGCACUACAGGGCGCAGCUGAGGGAGGAGGGCCGGCAGCAGCUGCACGCCAUGAUUGAGCGCGCUAUAGAGGGGGCUGUCAACGGGUGGCACAAUACAACGAUACGGGCAGUGAGUGCCGUGAACAACGUGCAGCACGUGCGCCAUGCAAGAGCUCCAUUCAAUUCACUGGAGGGGAGAUGGGGAGAGGAGGUGGAGGGGGGGGAGAGUGUGGUGAUUGUAGAGGCGCAGCCUGAAGCUGCAGGAGCAGGAAGGGAAGUUGCAGGAGCAGGAAGGGAAGCUGCAGGAGCGGAAAGGAAUGCUGCAAGAGCAAGAAAGGAAGCUGCAGGAGCAGGAAGGGAAGCUUCACCAACUGAGCUGCAUCUUCCCCUCGCCCCCUCUCCCUCCUCGGAGCCACUUCCAUCUCUCUCCUCUCCACCUCACCCCGCUCUGCCCGACCCUGCAUCCCCUGGAUUGCAUGUGCUGCUGGGAGAAUCGCAUGUGUUGCUGGAAUGCCACGGCAUAAGUAGGAGAGAAGAGGGUCUGUGUGCAGCUGAUGGCACUCACAGGGGUGGAGGUGCAGCUGAUGGCACUCACAGGGGUGGAGGUGCACUCACAGGGGUGGAGGUGGACUCACAGGGGUCGAGGUGCACUCACAGGGGUCGAGGUGCACUCACAGGGGUCGAGGUGCACUCACAGGGGUCGAGGUGCACUCACAGGGGUCGAGGUGCACUCACAGGGGUCGAGGUGCACUCACAGGGGUCAAGGUGCAGCUCUUGCAGGGCCGCAAGCAGCUCGGCGGGGGUGGGAAGCUUCCUCCCGUCGAUGUACGAGCCGGGCGGCAUGAAGUUGUCCACAUCUGGCAUGUGUGAUGGCAUGGGUGCAGACAUGGGUGCAGGCAUGGGUGCAGGCACUUGUGUUGGAACCUAA